AUGAGUAGUCCUCAAGCUAAUGAUUCUAAUUCAAAAAUCCCAUCCCCAAUGUUGUCUAACGAUACGUCGAUGUUGGGUGAUAUUAAUAUAGGUGCCCCAAUUGACAUAACAAUUGAUAAUUCGGUAAUACAACAAAGUCAACAGCAAGAUUUGUCAACAAAUGAUAAUAUGGAAGUGGAUGAUGAGAUUAAAAGUGAAAUAAUACCAACUAGUAAUGAAUUGGAUCCAGAUCAAAUUGAGGUCAAGUCUGAACAACCAGAACAGUUUACCCAAGAAACUGAACCAGAAAUUGAUCCUAUUGAGAAAAUGAGAUCAUUAGAAAUCUUACCGGAUUUGUUUAAUUUGUUAUAUGAUUUGAAUAAUGAAGAAAACAGCCUGGUGACUCCAAAAGAUUUUGAUAAGUACUUGGGUAGUCUACGGUUGAAGUUGAGUAAUUUGAAAAAUCUAAUGCAGGAGGUUGAAGGUAUUAAUGAAACGUUAACUUGUACUUUGGGUAAAAUUGAGAGUUUGAAACAGAACAAUGUGAAGAAGGAAACUUUUCUACAAAAUUUCAAAAAUAAUGUUAGUUUAAAUGAGAAUAUAUGA